UCCUUGGCUCUCUCUUUUAAAUGGCUGCAACCGCUCCGAUGCUCUCUCGAAAUCCCCUGCAUCAUCGUCUGCAAUUCCUCCUCUAGCCAACAUGAGUUGCGUCAAAGAACUGUGCGAUUCAAGAACCCUUACCUCCAUUCCUUCCAACUACGUCUUCUCCACCAAUCUCAAUGAUCAGGACGUGGUUGUUACAGAAGCCGAAGAAGUAAUUCCCGCCAUUGAUUUCUCACUACUGACAUGCGGUACUCCUGAACAACGGACCAAGAUCGUCCGAGACCUCGGCAAGGCAUGCCUUGAGUGGGGUUUCUUCGUGGUCAUAAAUCAUGGCAUGCCAGAGAGUUUGAGGAAGGCGAUGCUGGAAGUGUGUCAAGAUUUCUUUCAUCUGGCGGAGGAGGAGAAGCGGGAGUACAUGGGAAAGCAGGUAUUGGAUCCAAUUAGGUGUGGCACCAGCUUUAAUGCAACUGUGGAGAAGAUUUUUUUCUGGAGGGAUUUUCUCAAGGUGUUUGUGCAUCCCCGAUUUCAUUCCCCCCAAAAACCACCCGCUUUCAGUGAGAUAUCUUGGGAAUAUUGCAAGAGAACAAGAGAAGUGGCUAGGCUACUACUCAGAGGGAUAUCUGAAAGCUUGGGAUUGGAAGACUGCUACAUUGAUAAGGCGUUGCAACUUGACUCUAGCCUACAGAUUCUGACCGCCAAUUUCUACCCUCCCUGCCCACAGCCUGAACUUGCAAUGGGCAUGCCUCCUCAUUCUGAUCAUGGUCUGUUGACCAUUCUAUUACAGAAUGACAUCAGUGGCCUUCAAGUACAACACAAAGGGAGAUGGGUCCAUGUUAACGCCCUCCCCAACUCUUUCUUGGUUAACACAGGGGAUCAUAUUGAGAUACUAAGUAAUGGGAAGUACAAGAGUGUGCUACACCGGGCAGUGGUAAACAAGGAAGCUACACGGAUAUCCCUUGCUGUUGUUCUUGGGCCAUCUAUGGAAGCCACUGUCACUCCUGCGCCAGAGCUGGAAGACAGUCAUAAUCCACCCAAAUUUCGCGGUAUGAAAUAUAAGGAAUACUUGGAGCUUCAGCAGAGCAACCAACUCAAUGGAAAAUCAUGCUUGGAUCGAGUUCGAGUCCAAUGUUGAGAGUUUAGGUGAUGACUGUUAUACAUAUAAUUCUGAGUAUAUGAGACUUUGGAAAUAGAUACUUUCAGUUAGGGAUGUCAAUGGAUUGGCAUGGUUUUAUUCCUACACUUAUUUAAUAAAUUAUAAGGAAGAGAGAGUGUGUGUAUGUUA